AGUACAUACACUGAGUUAUACUGCCUAUGUAGUGUUCCUAUGAAGACGUGUGUAUGAAUAAGUGAGCGAAACAUAAUUGUUGAAUGUUUCCUAGAUAUGUAUCAGGACUCUAUAAAGUAUACGUAUGUGACAAACGGUAGGGUGUUUAAUGAAUUGUACAUUUGUGAAUAGCACACAAAAUUCGCGGGUGAGAAGUUUAUGCGUUAGACAACAUCCCAUAAACACGAAUGCUUCAAAGAUUCAUGGAAUCAAAGGCAUGGUGGGACGGGGUGGGUGGUAGAGAAUUAGAAAAUUGUUACAACCCUGUGCUAGAAACAGUGGAAAGUGUAUAUAGAAAUCGCUUGAAUAUGUUAAUUAUGUUACGGCUUGCUGUUAAGAUACCAGUUUUAUAAAAUUUUAAGGCGUCUACUGGUGUUAUGGAAGAAACUAAUAUGACACCCAGGAACAAAUUGCGGGGUUCGAAUUCGAUGGGAAUGGGUAGCUUCAGCAUACAAGGACGUACCUAUGGCUCACAAGGAUCAAUAAACAACUUCCAUUCUGUGUUCAAUGGUGGCGGUGAUACCGGUUCGCCACCUGUGCUUGAUUUAUCGGAGUUUCCCUCUCUGACCAACAGAGGGCAACCUGAGCCCGUACCUCAGCCAAGUCCGAUGCAGAGCAAACAAACAUAUGGUAGGCCACUUAGGGCGGCAUUAAAUCCUACCAAGAGCUCACAUACUGAUAACAGUCCAGCGUUGAUGCGCCAUAGUCCAGAGGUUAACACAGGUGGAGCAACGAGAUUACACAAGCCAAAAGGGGCACGACCAGUCAGAUCGACAAUAAAUCCAUCCAAAAAUUGUCACUCUGAGCACAUUCCAGGCCUCACCUCUCAGAGCCAGGACAUCGACAUGGGAAGAGCAUCUGCAAGUAGACUGUUGAAAAACCAAGUAACUGUGGUGAAGGCACCACCAUCAGAAACAAAUGAAUUUACAAUGAGCUCGGAGGACUUCCCUGCACUGCCUGGUACUCAGAGGACAGAAGGACCAUCUCCCGGUGGAAGUUUAUCAGUGGAAAAGAAUCUCUCUGUAUCGAAUUCAGAUAUUGGACAAGAAACAACUGUUGGAAAUAGGGCACCUGGUGCUGAGAAGUCGCAGACCAAAAGAGGAAUACAAACAUCCCCUGAUGGUAAAGUGACGAGGAUUCCGGGAAGUAUGGUCAAGGACCAAUUUGGUAUGGUUGGUCUUCUAACAUUUAUUAGGGCCGCAGAAACAGAUCCUAAUUUGGUUUCCUUAGCCCUGGGUCAAGAUUUGACAGCACUUGGUUUGAAUUUGAAUUCACCUGACAAUCUGUACCCUAACUUUGGAGGGCCGUGGGCAGAAACACCGUGCCGACCUCAGGAUAUUGAUUUCCAUGUGCCUCCUGAAUAUCUUAUUAACCCUAAUAUAAGAGACAAACUGGGUCCAGUGAAAUUGAACCGGUACAAAGAUGACUUGUUGUUUUAUAUGUUUUAUACAAACAUUGGUGAUGUGGCACAGUUGGCUGCAGCAACAGAGUUGUACAACAGGGAGUGGCGGUAUCACACAGAAGAGAAGGUUUGGAUUACACAAGCACCAGGAAUGGGAGCUGUUGAAAAGACUUCGACAUACGAACGUGGUACAUACUUCUUUUUUGAUGCACAAAAUUGGCGAAAAGUGGCUAAGGAAUUUCACCUUGACUACAAUAAGCUGGAGGGCAGACCUCAAAUGCCAUCAACGAUUAAUCAGUCCCAAACUGUCAUGUAAUUUCGUUUUAUAAAUAUAUAUUUUUGAAUAAAAUAUGCAAAAAUAGUAAUAUAUGUGGACACUGUAAGUAUGCAAGAGAAAAUGAAGUAAGAGGCACAGCAAAAGCGGAUUUCUAUUUUCUGAGUACGUUUUUAUCUUUUAAUGUCACAUUCUACAUGAUUCGUCGGGUGUGGCUCUCAGCGUAACAUUGCCAGAAGUGUACUGUGUAAUACAUAAUUGUAUUUACAAGAGUAGUGAUCUGCAGACUGGUAUCAUGUUCAACAAAAGGAAGAAAGGACUUAUUUUCCUUCAGUUAUGUUGUCAAUAAUUUGAUUAGUUCAGUUUUGUAUGUUUUGUUUUAUUUCAUUUCUUAAUUGUGUUGUUUGUAUGAGAACCUGUUUACAACAUUCAUGUAUAUGUACAUAUUGUAUGUCGAGCUGUCUCUAAAAUUUGAGACAGCCAGAAUCGUGAACUUAUUAUAUGCAUUUAAAUGGUUAUUGUUAUGAAGAA